AUGGAUAUAUUGUCAUUCUCUGAUGCAUGGAAGUCUUGUGUCAAUCAAACGUCCAACUUCAUGGUGGUACAAUCACAGAACAUCACGGUGACCACCAACUCAUGUCCCGACCUCAACAUGAAGGCCAGCCGAUACAACUCUGAUCCAUGUUGUAACAAGUACGCCAAGUUCUCAAAGUGUUGUCAACCGAGACAAGUGACCAUCUCCGCGUCCAGCCUGGUUGGCUUCCAAACCGACCAACUCAAUCGACAAUGCACCAGUCCUUCAUGUACUCAAUCAGUUCUGCAAGACUUCCAUACAUCAUCGUCUCGCGUGGCCAUGGGCGGAUGCAAUCUCUCACUCCUCCAAUACAAUCGUGGACAGUAUGAACUUGUCACACUACUUCAGCAAUGCAAGGACCUUGCGUAUACCAUGUCAUGGUGUGACAACGACACUCAAUGUCCUGCUGGUGGCACAUGCAGUCUAUUCACACGCAAAUGUAUGAUCCCGUUGGUCGUGCAAGACCGAGCGUACGUCGCCUGUGUCCUCAAUGGCUCAUCCAUCUCCACAUUGUUCAAUCUCAAAAGACAACUCACCUCAAGUUCAAGCUCAAACUCAAGUUCAAACUCAAGUCUUACAGAGAUGGUAUACCAAUCAUUCAGAAUGAUGGAUUGUACAUCAUUGAUUGGCAAUAACUAUCGCACAUUCUAUGUGUUCACUGCGACUGGACAGAACUCUGUGUGUCUGGACAGGUACUGUCCAUUCACUCACACGACCUCAAUGGACUACCAGAACACAGUGAUGUACAAUCGAUACUCCCAACCAACGGGCACAUGUCAAUAUUAUGGCUACUGCCCAGGCCUGCCAGGUAUAUGCGUGCCAAUGGGCAACGCAAACUAUUGUGUCAGUUGCACGGGCAAGAAGGACUUUUGUGGCAUCUGCAGCGAUCAAUCACCCUGCAACGUGCUAACAUACAAUCAAACAGUUUGUCAAGAUAUGCCACCUUUGUGCGUUCUGCCCAAUGGAGUGGCGGUGGACACAUACCCAGAGAGGUGUGCCGAGCUUGGAGAAUGCACGACUGACUGUGGUCUACUAUGUACUGGCGUGCCAAAGCUUGGAUAUCGCUGGCUGGACUGCAACACAUUGUCAAUGAGUGAGUGUGGCAACAAGAGCAACAGGCUCCUCUGCAGCAUAUCGCCCAAGCGGUGCUCGACAAGGGAGCAGUGCGAGGCGCCAACAGCAGGAUCAUGCACAGACUUGUUAUACUUUAGAGAUCAAACUCAGCUCACACUGUCUGCCAGCAUGUGUGUCCGCGGACACACUGCCAUCGUCCUUCCAUUCAAUCAGCCAGCAUGCAACAUUAAUGAGUAUGACACUCCUUUCGGAUGUGUAAAUGUGAAUCAACUUCUAUUCGCAUCCAAGGAAGAUUGUGAGGGCAAAGGUAGUGAAUACAAAUGGCUGGAGGCUUCACUCAAUCAAUCAACAUGCGAGUCAUACAAGGGCUGUCUGAUGACGGACUUCUCCAACACUACAUCAGGCCAAUCGCGAUACAAUGACAUGACUCAAGAUGAUUGUAUUCAAUGUUCGUCCAGUGCCGACAUGUACUUGUGGAAACAAAAGUUCAAGUGGACACCUGGUCGAUGGCUGCCUGGUGUGAUGGUCCUGCCCAAGUGGUACUCUGGCCCACAGACCAACUUUGUCAACUCGUCAACAUAUGGUGACUCGUUCAAUCUUGAUGGAUUCGCCACGUCCUUGUCCAACAUCAUGAAGGACGAGCUCAUUCGAUCAUCAUGCCAAUUCCAAGGAAUACAAGAUAGUGUCGAAGCAGUGUCAUGUAGUUGCUCGUCCAGCACAGGUAGCAAGUGCUUCCAAUCCACCUCAGUGCCAACUCAGUCACUUCAAGUAUGUGCCACAGAACCAAAGAGGAUACAGGUCAACAAUGGAAACAUCCAGUUCGAUGCGACAUCGGUAUCAGAGUCAUGUGUUCAGGUUACGGUGAGCGAGUUCACUCGUGAGACCUAUGCAUCGCCACCAACACGUGUGCCACUCAGUGCCGAGUUCUUCAGUUACAAGCCAUCGGUCAAAUAUGGUUUGACCAAUGACAAGGGUGCAUUCAUUGGAGUGAUCGUCAACAAUGGAAUCAAUGUACAAGGUCCACUCAAUCACUUUACAUUGUGUCAGUCACCCGCCGCCAUCACCCAGGGCGACUACACCAUCAAUGAUUUGGCCAUGACGAUUGACAACAGUACCAACUCUAUGCCCAGGCCUAUCGAAGCCAAGUUCAGUCAAGCAACUGGAGAGGUUUACAUCUGCGUGGACAUCUCUCUGCAGUCUGGAUCUGGCGCCAACUCUAGCGUCACGUUGUUCCCCAUCUUGAGGGUGGCCGACUGGAAGGAUUCCAAGGAGUUCUUCACCAAGUCACAGACAGUGUUGAUGUACAUCUUGGCAGUGAUCUAUGCACUCUGCGCACUCUGGGGAUUGUUCCAGAUCAGUGUGAUCAUGAUGAGAUUGAUUAGAAGGAUUGAAGGACCUAAAUUGGCACAUGCACUGAUCACAUCAAUCACAUGUUAUACAUUCAUCCGAGCGAUAUACUUCUUCAUUCUUCCCACCGGAACGUUGUACUCAUCGACUGUAUCAGACUAUGUUCCCAACAUUGUCCAAGACUACAUGAAGCGAUUGAGCAGGACGAUCAUCAUACUCAAUGGAGUGUUGUACAUUGCAUGCAUCACCAUCAUCUUGGUGUACAACGCAUCAAAGAGUACGAGUUCAGUCAGCUUCUGUGGCACUCGAGCCUUGUCCAAGGUGUCCAACUCGACGACACAGACCAUCAUCUCACUCUUUUAUGGUGUCCUCCAAGCAUUGAUCUCGUUGGUAUUUGGCAUCAUGUUCAUCUAUCUCGGCAUCAAGAUCAACAAACUGCUCGGACCUUGGAGGGAUGCCAUCAAGGGUCUGUUCGGCCUGUCAGAGAAGAAGGUGCAGCUGUUCGUUGUUACAUUAUCUUGCUCAUUCGGAUUGAUCAUGCAUUCGAUCUAUGUACUAGUAUUGAUCACUACACAGAACAAUUGGUCCAAUAGUGCAUUCAGCUUUGUAUUCCUGAUCAUCACAGAGGUGUUCCCGGCAAUCACCAUGUUCAUCUUUUACAACCAAACCAAGUUCUCAUCACGGUCACCAACACAAAGCAACAACUCAACAUCCACCGCCACAGCAUCAUACAGUUCCAAGAUGAAGGUUAUCAAAUAA